UUGGUUUAUGAAGUCAUUCACUGGACUACGAUAGGAAGGAGAGAAAGUGAGGAUGGGAAAAACGAAGAAGCAAUUACUGUCAUCUGCUCCAUGGAGAGAUGAGGAGAAUCCAGCAGAUAAAUUCAAAGAUGCGAAGAUGAAAGUUACCAACCAACCAGGGGGUACACCUACCAUGCAUGUCCCUGGUAAAAAACGUUCUUCCAACAACAAUCAAACAGAUCAUUCUCUUGAAAUUGACCCACAACUUCGUUACAGUUUUCAGCGCAAUUACCAGUUUCUUCAGCGGGUAUUCAGCAUCGACACUUUGGUAAAACCCCUUCCUCCAGCAAUGGCAUAUAACGUUUCUCGCAACUUGAGCUUCUUUACUCGUAUUUUUACUCAGUUUUUUGAUCCCGAAGGCAUUGCAAGUGCUCAAAAAUCACUUGGAAUCGGGCAAGAAGAGAAGGUUCGACGUGUACGUUAGCCACAAGAUAAAAAUGUCUCUUUUAUGCACAUUUCGUGUUUACUCUCACUUUAUGCAUACUUGCUCACCUGAUGCAAAUGGAGAUCAGAGGAAAUUGCAGCUGUAUUCUGUUUACAUUAAAUUAUAUGUUGUACUGAAUUCAAUUUUGUUUGAAUCCUGAGUUGCUUAUUUAUGUGAAGAACAUAAUAUUCUCUGCUUCA